UUGGCACCAUAAUAAAUGGUUUAUAAACCCUAGCGGAAGAAACAGUGUGCAGAUUUAAAUGAACCCUUGUUUUCUAGGUUGAAACAGCUAGAGAUCGUCUGUUUUGUAGAUUUUCUCUUAAAAUGUGUGGAGGAAGUGUAAUAUCACAAUUUAUACCCGGCAAAACGACAGGCCGGAAAACUACUGCUAGAGAAUCGUGGAAAAGCUUUGACAAAUUUUCAGAGUAUCAUCUUGGUAAAGUCUUUCCUCAACCACUUGAUGGUGCAGAUCUCCAUUGUCAGAGAGAUCAGGAGAAAAUUGUGGUAAAGAAAGCAAAGGAGAAAAAGAGGAAGGCGUGUCCUUUGUACAGAGGGCUGAGGCAACGUCCAUCUGGCAAAUGGGCUGCAGAGAUCAGGGACCCCAUCAAGGGAAUUAGAGUUUGGCUUGGAACUUACAAUUCGCCCGAGGAGGCUGCAAUUGUCUAUGAUCGUGAAGCUCAAAAGAUCAGAGGGAAAAAGGCCAAGCUCAAUUUUCCUAGCAAUUGUAUUAGCACAGAUAACUCUACGAGCAAGCUGAAUGGCUGUAUUGAAUCUCUGUCGAAUACAAGCGAAUCUUUUAGUUGUUGCCGUGAGAAUGACAAGGAGGAACCUUUCGUGACUCCGGUUCUAGAUCAUGACAAAGAAAAAGAGUGGCUUACCCCUGAAGUGCCUGAAGCAGCAGUUCAUGAUUAUAUGGAACAAUUGGAGAGGGUACUGGAAUUGAAUCCUCAAGACGCCUCUCCGCAGGGUUUUCAAUUCGAUCUCAAUUUUAAUAAUGAAUUGCAAGUCUUAAGCUCGAGUUCGACAGAGAGGAACAAAACCCAUGAGCUAUUGUGUGAAUCUGAAUCAUGUGUCUCUUUGGAUAGUAUUCUGGGAGAGGUAUGUGAGCACACAACUCAUCUAGAAUCUCCUAGAUCAUUUGAAGGCACCGAGGGGUUAUUCGACUGGGAGGUGGGUUUGUAUGAGUCCCUAUGUUCGGGAGGAAAGCAGAAUGAAUUCCUUCAGGAGGCCUGUCUGAUAGAGCCGCCGUUCCUUAAGAGGAACAAUCAACCUGACGAGGAGUGGAUUGAAAAUGAGGAAAUCCUAUGGACCAAUUUUUUUUGAGCUCAGGUUUUACAUAUUCAUAUCUUAGUUCUGUAUUCAUCUUUCUAAAAAGUGAAUGGGUUCCCAAUAUUUCGAUCGCUUUCUUCAUCUUCUAGAGCCUAUUAUUAUAUAGUUGACGGCAUCGAUAAGGCCUUUGGUACUAGAGAGUGAAUGGGUUCCAAAUCUGUUAUCAGUUUCUUUAGUUUCUAGGGCUUCCUAUCGUAAAGUUGAAGUGAUCAAUAAUGGAUGUAUGUGUAUAUAUCAUGUUUUAUUAUAAUGUUCAAGGUUUCAAAUAUUACAAUAAUGGAUGUAUGUGUAUAUAUCAUGUUUUAUUAUAAUGUUCAAGGUUUCAAAUAUUACAAUUGAUGAAAAUUCAUCGUGUUGAGUCA